AUGCACGGCAAACGCUGGCGGGAGCUGUUCGAGAAGAGGUGCCUGCAUCCCCGUGGCCUCGAGAUCAAGAUGACGGACCGCGUGAGGAGCUUCUCCUCGGCCUUCGGCAAGAAGCAGGAGGGGCGCGUGGUCGAGAUCCCGGUCGCCCUUGGCGGCCGCCGCGGGGUGAUUUUCAGCACGGAGAUGGACGACUGCGACACCCCGCUCCUGGUCAGCCUGGCGUCGCAGGAGGCGCUGGGUGCCGUGCUCCACCUGAGGGAGAUGCGGAUGGAGCUGCAGACGCUCGCCGUGGACGUGCAGCUGAUCAAGGUGGGCGGUCACUUGGCAGUGCGACUUGACGACUGGGGAGACGAUGAUGGUCACCGAUCGGCAGCAGCUUCGAGUUCGAGAUCAGCGACGGCGAUCUCGACGAAUAAGGACUCGGAGUUCUUCUGCGCGCAGUCACGGAAGGAGUCGGCCUUCGAGGAGUCCGCGAUCCGAGUCGAGGAGGAGGUUGGCCACGCCUUCCCGUCGAAGGAUCGCGGUGUGCUGGCCACCGACGCGACGGGGAUCCUCUCCAAGACGACUCGGAAGAAGCUCGAGUCCGCCUGGCGUGGGCUUCGUGGAGAGGAUCGUCGACUGCGGGAAGAGCUGCCUCGACCGAGGUUCGAGGCGGAGCGUUUCGUGACUGCCGACUUCCAGACCACGGUGGUGUUCGAGCCGUUCGGUGGGGAGCACAUCCUGACGCGCUACGGUGCGAAGGAGUACGGAUGGAUGCAGUCUCAGCCGUUGGAUGUGGACCACUCUCCCGACUACGAUUUGCUCAAAGGCCCUGGACGGGCCUUACUCUACCGAAUCCUCGACCUGCACUGGCCUUACAUCACCGUGCUGGCUUUUCCCUGUCAUCCGUGGUCCUUGAUGACCAACAUGAACAAGCGCAUAGACUGGGAUGAGCCGAUCAAGAAGCCGACAGGGUGGCUCACGAACAGCGCAGCGGUGGCGAACCAGCUGAGCAAGCGCUGUGCCUGUCCGCCCCGCGCUCACCAGCAGCUGCUCGGGAGGAACUCGGGUGGCUAUCGGGCGCCGCAGGCGGCGGCCUACCCCGUGGGCCUCGCGAAGGCCUUCUGUCGCGGCGUGCUCCAGCAGAUGCAGAUCGACUACCGCAGCUCGCUGGUCAUGGAUGCGGCCUUCCCUGUGGAGGAUGCUUUCCCGCACGAGCGUCCGCGAUCGCGGACCCCGCCGCGAGGAGAGCCUGUGCCAGAGGAGGCACACCAGGAGGGCCCGCCUCUCGGAGAGGACGCGCCGCCUGCCGAGGCGGCAGCGGAGGCCCCGGAGGCACCGGCCGAGGUGCCCGCGAGGCCCAGGCGCGGCCGGGCGCCUGCUCGACGCGAGCGCGGAGUGCCUCCUGGCGGACGUCCGCUGGGCUUCCGCCGGGGACGACGUACGCAGUACGGCGAGUUCGAGCUGCUGACGGUGGAGCUGUGCGCCGAGCUGGACACGUUCCGGAGUUGGCAUGGAAGACUACUGGAGAAGAUGGGCGAGGAUAUCGAGACGAUCAUCUGGGGCUCGGACCUCUUCCUGGAGGAGCUGGGAGGAGUCAUCAGCGAGCCGCUGAAGAUGGUGAAGGCUAGACGCGGGGGUCAGCGGCUCCAGACGGCGCAGCCACAGCUGCACGCCGCGGACGCCCCGCUCAGGAUGGUCACUACGCUCAAGGGCAACCAGCUCUUCAGGCUGGACUUCGAGGACUGGUCGCAACAGUCACUGCAAGCACGACGGCGCUGGUUGCCACGACACUUACUCGAGAACGACGUGGUGGUCUUCUACUUCGCGGGCUACGAGCGGGGCGACCUGCCCGAGGGGCCGGCUGCAGCACAGCAGCGGGACGCCUCACGGGAGAGGAAGCGACGUUGGGAGCUGUUGCCGAGGGCCGUCAAGAGGGCGAUCGAGCGGGUGCACGUGAACCUCGGGCACCCCUCACGGCCGGCGCUGCUCAGGGCGCUGCGCCUGGGCAAGGCGACGGCGGUGGCGCUGAGGGCAGCAAGGUUGUUUGUUUGCGAGAGCUGCCGGCGAGUGCAGCGACCCAGCAUCCCACGUCCGAGUCAGCUUCCGAGGGUCGACGAGUUUAACGUGCUGCUCGCGAUGGACUGCUUCGAGAACGUCGACAGCGCCGGCAACAACUGGGUGUUCCUUGGCAUCAUGUGUAUGGGGACGAACUUCCACGUGGUUUGCCUGCUGGAGGACACUCACAAGAACCCCAAGGCCUCGGAGGUCAGGAAGUUCUACAAGCUCUGCUGGGUCUCCUGGGCUGGCCAGCCGGAGGAGGCGAUCAUGGUGGACCGCGCGCGGUCCUUCCUGGGCGAGUUCGCGGACUACCUGGAGCAGGAGGGCGUGCGCCUGGACUCGGCCGCUCUGGCUUCGCCGUGGCACAUCGGCAAGAUGGAGCGCCACGACGGCAUCUGGAACUCGAUGCUCACGAGGGUGGUGCACGACAAGCAGGUGGCGGGCCUUGAGGAGAUGAGGACGGCAGUGACGGAGUGCAACAGGGCCAAGAACACGCUGGCCCGGCGGGCUGGUUUCAGCCCCUACCUCUGGGUCCUUGGCCGGGAUGUCCGACUCCCGGCGAGCCUCGCAGAUGACGCCGAGGUGGAGCGUGUAGGCGAGCAGGUGGCAGCUGCUACGCCGGGCUCACGCUUUGCCCGCAAGGUGGAGAUCAGGACCCAGUGCCGGAUGGCUUUCAUCCAGACCGACACGGAGGAUCGACUUCGACGAGCGGAGCUUCGACAGAUACGACCUACGAGAGGGCCGUUCGUUGUUGGCCAGUGGGUACUUUUCUACGACCAAGCGCAGCCAGUCAAACAUCGACCAGAGCAUCCAGACAACUGGCGAGGGCUGGCGCGCGUGAUCGGACAUGAGGGACGGCAUGGAGUGUGGCUUGCUUUCCGUGGCCUCACCGUGCUCGCGAGCCCGGAGCACCUGGCUGCAGCGACCGGCCACGAGAUCCACGCCUGGAGAUCGAUCGCACAGGAGCAGAAGUUGGUGCACGACGCGCCCGUCAGUGGCGGCAGCGGCUUCGUGGACUUGCGAGGUCGGCCCAAGCCCCCCGCCGCAGCGGGGCAGGAGCCCGCUGAGCAGGGCGACGAGAGCGGCAUGGACGUCGGGCCGCAGGCGGGGGCGCCGGAGGAGCCGCGGCCCGCCCCGGCUCCGCCUGAGCCGGAGGCGCCUCAGGCCCCGCCUGCGGCGGAGGCUCCUCGCGCGGCUCCAGCCGCGCCCGAGCCGCCUGCGGCGCCAGCCCCAGCGGUGGGGGCUGAGAACGUGCCCGUGCCGCCCGACCUGGACUUCGACGCGAUGGAGUUCGACGCAGCGAUGCAGGACAUCAUGAGAGAUGACGGCGACGAUGACUGGCACCCUGACUCCCACGGGGUGCAGACGGAGCCCGAGCCGGGGGCCUCUCGGCAUCGGCGUCCUGGGAGUCUCCUGGAGGAAGAGGAGACUGAGGAGCGCCGCGAGCGGGAGGCCAAGCGACGGCGCCUGCUGGACGACGUCCCUGUCUCGAUCCGACAGGGGACUGCAGGAUCCAGCCUCUCUGCGCCUGUCGACUCGGCGAAGUUCGUGCUGGACAAUGACCUGGAGGAGUUCAUGGAGGCCGGCUUUGAGACUUACCAGCAGGGUGAGGCCUUCUUUGUCCAGGAGGGCAUUGGCAAGGAGGAGUUCAUCUUCGGGCUGAUGCGGAAUGAUUUCGAGCACGCUUUUCUGACGAAGAAGCCUGGUAGGAAGGAGAUCAAGCUCGGCAGCUUGCCUGAGGAGCAACGCCGGAUGUUCAUGGAUCGAGGUGGCAGUCGUGAUGCAGAGUGGCGAUCCUGGCAGGACUUUGAUGCGGCUGAGCCGAUCCCGCCGGAUGAGAGUGAGUCGAUCCGCGCGGACAAGGCCAACAUCAUCAUCCCGAUGCGCUGGGUGGAUACCGACAAGAACGACGGGAAGUAUGAUGAGGCCGGAGCCCCUCUGCCGCUGCUCGCGAAGAGCCGCCUGCCGGCGCUCUUCUACAGGCGCAUGGGCGGGCAGCCGAAGGGCCUCGCGGUCUCGCACGUUGACGACGUGCUGGUGGCGAGGAUGAAGGACAUGCAGCUGUCGGACCUCUCGCCGAAGGUCCUGGGUACGUUCCAGUGGAAGUGGAGCGAGCUGCCCUUCACCUUCCGCGGCCGUGAGCUCUCCAGUGAUCCGAGAGGUUUUCUGGUUAAGAUGGUGAACUGCGCAACUUCCAUCAAGCCGAUCAAGAUCCCAGCAGGACGAAGGAAGCAGUUGCAGGAGGACUUGAACGAGAACGAGGCGAAGGAGCUGCUGAGGGUAUCUGGUGAGAUCGGCUGGCUAGGUCGACAGUGCCGACUCGACCUGGCCUUCCUCUCAGGCGAGCUGCAGAGGGCCCGAGCGGCCCCGUGCGUGGCGGACCUGGUGAAGGCGAACCUGGCGGUGUCUGAGGCCAAGAAGGGCGCUGAGGUCGCGUUGGUCUACCCGGCCAACCUGAGGCUGUCCAGCGCCGUGAUUGGCGCGGCCGUGGACGCAGGCCACGCGAACGGCCCAGAGCACGACGACAUCGAGCGCUACAAGAGCUGUGGUGGCCACGUGGUGCUCCUCACGACCGACGGCAUCCUGGCCGGACACCAAGCACCAGUGGCAGUGCUGGAUUGGAAGAGUGGCAUGACGCAGCGCGUGUGCCGCUCAACCUUGGCGGCCGAGGCCACUCACCUGGCCGAUGCGGUGGAGGCCGUCGACUGGGCGGCAGUGCUGUUUAGAGAGGCUAUGAAUGUCUCAGUGGAUUUGCUCAACUGGCAGGGGGAGGUGCAGCGGCUUCCUCGCUUUUGGGCAACAGACGCCAAGUCCGUCUACGACCACCUCACGAAGGAGGGCUCGGCUAAGAGCAAGGACAAGAGAAUGGCGAUCGAGGGUGCCUUGCUCAGAGAGGUACUACGCUGCGAGAACACCCACCUCAGGUGGAUUGACGGCUCGCAGAACAUUGCAGAUGUGCUGACGAAGCUGGGAGUGGACAAGGUCUACCUCUACAAAGUACUGCGGGAGGCCAAGUGGAGCCUGGUGCAGGACCCGGCGGCAGCGGCGAUCAAGAUGAAGAAGAGUAUGCAACGUGCCAGCCGCAAGACCGCCAUCGACACGAGGAAGACGGAGAAGAGGCAGCAGGACAAACUCGUGAGAGCUAAUGAGAU